AUGCCCGGCAAUCCGCCAUCAAGACCCGGAAUGCUAUCCAUACCGGGCAAGCCGCCAUUAAGACCGGGAAUGCUAUCCGUACCGGGCAAGGUGCCAUCAACACCGGGAAUGCUAUUCAUACCUGGUAAGCCUCCAUCGAGGCCGGGAAUACUAUCCAUGCCGGGUAAGCCACCUUCAAGACCGGGAAUGCUAUCAAUGCCCGGCAAGCCGCCAUCAAGACCCGGAAUGCUAUCCAUACCGGGUAAGCCACCAUCAAGACCGGGAAUGCUAUCUGUACCUGGUAAGCCGCCAUCGAGGCCAGGAAUGCUAUCCAUACCGGGUAAACCGCCAUCAAGACCGGGAAUGCUAUCCAUGCCGGGCAAGCGGCCAUCAAGACCGGGAAUGCUAUCCAUGCCGGGUAAACCGCCAUCGAGGCCGGGAAUACUAUCCAUGCCGGGUAAGCCACCAUCGAGACCGGGAAUGCUAUCCAUGCCCGGCAAACCGCCAUCAAGACCCGGAAUGCUAUCCAUUCCGGGCAAGCCGCCAUUAAGACCAGGAAUACUAUCCACACCGGGCAAGCUGCCGUCAAGACCCGGAAUACUAUCCAUACCGGGCAAGCCACCAUCAAGACCGGGAAUGCUAUCUGUACCUGGUAAGCCGCCAUCGAGGCCAGGAAUGCUAUCCAUACCUGGUAAGCCACCAUUGAGGCCAGGAAUACUAUCCAUACCGGGUAAACCGCCAUCAAGACCGGGAAUGCUAUCCAUGCGGGGCAAGCCGCCAUCAAGACCGGGAAUGCUAUCCAUGCCGGGUAAGCCGCCUUCGAGGCCGGGAAUACUAUCCAUGCCGGGUAAGCCGCCUUCGAGGCCGGGAAUACUAUCCAUGCCGGGUAAGCUACCAUCGAGACCGGGAAUGCUAUCUAUACCGGGCAAGCCGCCAUUAAGACCAGGAAUGCUAUCCAUGCCGGGCAAGUCGCCAUCAAGACCCGGUACGUUAUCCAUACCAGGCAAGCCACCAUCAAGACCCGAAAUGUUAUCCAUACCGGGCAAGCCACCAUCAAGACCGGGGAUGCUAUUCGCAUCAGGUAAAUUACCAUUAAGACCGGGAAUACUAUCCAUACCAGGUAACCCGCCAUCAACACCAGGAAUUCCAUCAAGACCGGGGAUACUAUCCAUGCCGGGUAAGCCACCAUCAUGA